GUGGGAAGCGUGUCCCUUACAUUGGUGAUCAGUGAGAAGAAUGCCCCUUACAUUGGUGGCCAUUGGGAAGAAUACCCUUUACAUUGGAGGUCAGUGGGAAGAAUGCCUCUUACAUUGGUGCUCAGUGGGAAGAAUGUCCCUUACAUUGGUGGUCAGUGGGAAGAAUGCCUCUUACAUUGGUGCUCAGUGGGAAGAAUGUCCCUUACAUUGGUGGUCAGUGGGAAGAAUACCCUUUACAUUGGAGGUCAGUGGGAAGAAUGCCUCCUACAUUGGUGGUCGUUGAAAGGAAUACUCCUUAUAUCAGAGGCUGGUGAGAAGAAUGCCCCUUACAUUGGUGGGCAGUGGGAAGAAUGUCCCUUACAUUAGUGGCCAUUGGGAAGAAUGCCCCUUACAUUGGUGGCCAUUGGGAAGAAUACCCUUUACAUUGGAG